AUGUUAAGAACCCAGCCCCAAGCUACCCUGCACCUAGCUAUUCUCCACCACCCUAUGAAGCACCAUCCUACCCAGCUCCAUCUUACCCAGCACCAUCCUACCCAGCACCAUCUUACCCUGCACCAUCUUACCCUGCACCAUCCUACCCGGCUCCAUCCUACCCAGCUCCAAGCUACUACGGUUGAUAACAACCCGGAGCUGCAAACUGUGUAUCUUGAGAACCGAAUGGUAGAUGAUACGUGUAUUACCGAAUCUGGAUUGAAACUGGUGGACGAGGUUGUCGAGCUGUCAGAUGCCAUUUCAAGGUUCUAUUGACACAAGUCCUGGGCACCUCUGGAUUCAUGGAAGAACCUCGUCCUUUUUGUUGCGUGAUUACAUGUUAUUUAUGGUCAAAAUUUCCCUCUUCGUCCUUCUGCGAGAUUAGAGAGGUUCUCGGGAGGUAGUCACGAAGAACGAUGGCUUUUUGCAGUUGUCCGAGCUUUUGUUCGUCCGCGAUUGUGAACGUUUCAAUGUAUGGACGUGCCAUAAGUUAGGCGUGGAACUCGGUGGAUGUGCUGCGGCCUUUAUUAUCUGCCGCCAAGUGUUAGAAUCCAUGACUGUGCCAUGACAUAUAGGAAUAAAAAAGCGAUUCUCCUUCACGUA